AUGGACAGGGAGAAAAUGGAAGUUAUCGAUAAAUCUUCAUUUAUCAUAGCUUUUCCUCCUGCAAAAUUGGUACUGAUUGUACUUGCUGAAUUCGGGACGUCUGAAGACAGCAGUGCGGCAACUCGCGAGGAAAGAAAGGUAGCCGCAAUGUUUGUCGCUGCACUUCGCGAGGCGGUAGCCGCUGCGGUUGAAGUCGAAACCAAUGAAUGCUUCAAGUCAGAUAUUCCUCGGAAUCUGACUGGGACCAUGUGA